CGCUCAGUGUAGCAGAAACAUUCUCGCCGUUAACAAAGCGGGUUCGUAAGUAGUUUGGGUGCAUUUGGAGAAGUGAAACGGGCAGCAUGAGUAACGUUCAAGGGUUGGGAGAGUCACAUGGCCACCCUCUAGCAAUCUUGAACCAUCUCCCAAAGAGAGAGAGGCUACUCGAAAUAGCAGCUCGAGAGCAUGCUUUCUUUGUGUGUUUGCAUUUCUCGCUCACUUUCCAUAUCGCGCCCCGCUCUCGUAAACAGCGGUAUCUGCUGUAGUCUGCAGUAUGUACGUAAAUUACUUUAGCGGCAACCGUGACAUUGAACUCGUCCGCGCAGUUCAUUUGCACUCCGUUUCAGUCGAUGUUGUUGCUGCGCUAGAGUGCGGUGCGAAUUAGGCGUCUUCUCCGAGAGCGCAGUGUCUUUAGCAGCUGCACUUUACGCAAGCCACGAUGACGAAGGUGACCGGGGAUUGCGACCACAAGAUGCCUGCCCGAAUACCAGUGGUUAAGGAGGAUGCCGGACCCACUACUGAAGCAAAAGCAGAGCUGAACCUCGAAGAAAUUGCAAGGCUGGAGCUCGGUGAAACAGCUGAAAUCAAAGCAGAGUCCUUGAUGCGGCUACGCCAGCUGUUAGAAGGUGAAAUCACCCUGAAGAUUCCUUCAAGCGAUGACUUCCUUGUCAGUUUUCUGCGGGCUCGAAAAUAUAGAGUAGAAGAUGCCUUCAAGAUGAUAAAGAAGUAUUUCCGCAUGCGGCGAGAUAUGCCGGAGUUUUUCCACGGUCUUGUCCCUCAGAACGUUCCCUUCAGAAAAGUUUGCCACGACCACAAACUUCUGUUGAUAUCGCCUGAACCUGGCGAAAACGGCCGGAACGUGGGAGUCUUCAAUAUAGGUGCUUGGAGUCCUCACGUGUGCAGCCUCGUAGACUAUACAAGAGCGGUGCUUCUGCUGACUGCCAGCUGGCUGCUUGAAGAUUAUCCAACAAUAUGCGGAGCCGUGAUGAUCAUGGACAUGAAGGGACUGAACAUUCAUCAUUUGACGCACAUCACUCCUUCGUUCUUGGUGAAAGUUGCCCACCUUAUACAGGAUUGCUGGCCUGUACGCAUGAAAGAGGUCUACAUAAUAAACCACCCGAAAGUCUUUGAAGUCAUCUUCGCCGCAAUCAAGCCAUUCCUACGCAGUAAGCUGCUAAGCAGAGUACACUUCAUUGGCCACGAAGCUCCAGAGUUUUGGGACCACAUUCCCCGCGACCUCGUGCCAUCGGAAUAUGGCGGCCUCCGUGAAUAUUUCGACUACGAUCGUCAAGAGGAGUUCGUGCGCAGCAAGAGGACCUUCCUCAAAAGCCUUUGCGCCUGUGGAUACAAAGAGAAAUAAUGAGACCUGAUAAGGAAUCGAUCAUUAGUGGCCUGACGUUUCUAUCAGUCAAUAAAGGUUGCAGACGCUAGCUGAUUAUCCCGUUUUAUUGCUUGCGCCCGCUAGAGGUCCAAGGAAAAUAAACUAUUUGUGAACGUGGUCAAGGGUUCGAUGAAAGCUCGUCUAGCCAAGUGACAUGUUGCAAAUGAAAACUGCGGUUAGUGAUCAAGUAAAGAGAGAAGGUUA